UCGAGAGGAUUAUUUGCUAGAUUCUUCUUGUACAUUCUACCGAUUUUCUCGUUUUGAGUUGAAAAAAAACACAUUCAGCUGUGUAGUUUGUUUGAGUAGUAUCUUAUGAAACAAUCAGUAUUGUGAUAUCAGACUGAUUACUCGCUGAGCCCUGUGCCUGGGGCUGAAAAAUAGGUGGCAUGGCUGAGGAAACUCAAGUUAAGACUUCAUCACGGCGGAAUGGCUGGACCUGUCCGCCACAUGGAUACCAAAUAAUUGCUUGGACAUUUCUUGUAUAUUUUGCAAUAUUCUACUUCACUACGCUAUGCCAGGGUGUUCCAGAUGUUUGGAAGCCAGCUGCUUACAUUAUUGAGGGUAUUAUCCUUGUUACUCACGUAGCCCUGCUGAUUGCCGCUAUUAGUAUCAACCCCGCCGAUCCUGCCAUUUGCCAAGAAAAAGAGGUGCCACCACUUGAUCGGUCAAAGCACCGCCAUGCCAUCGAGGACAACCACUGCUAUCUGUGCGAGGCCGAUGUGGGUAACAAAUCCAAGCACUGCAGUGUCUGUAAUAAAUGUGUUUCAGAAUUCGAUCACCACUGCAAGUGGCUCAACAACUGCGUCGGGGGACGUAACUACCGUACUUUCAUAUGUUGCCUUAUCAGCGCUGUGUUGGGAAGCCUCAUCAUAGCCGGCAUUGGCUUCCUUCAGUUCACAGCCUUCUUCACUGACCGAGAGCAAGGCCUUCUUCUGCAGCAAUAUGCUGACUUCCUCAAACUAUCACUCACCACUCUUCCACCGAAUAGUUCCGUGUCUUUCAUCUCGUCAACAUUGGGUCCCACGGCAAGUGGACCUGCUCUUUCAGGCUCAGAACCUGUUUUCCAUGUGUUCUACAUUGAGUGCCCCAAAGAAUGUUGGGCUGCCUUCAUCGGACUCACUGCUCUCCUAGCCGUGGUGGCUAUCAUUCUGCUCCUACAUCUACUAGGCUUCCAUGUCUUCCUCAAUUGUAAAGGCCUUUCGACAUACGACUAUAUCAUGAUGGAUCGGGACGAACCCACACCGAACAUUUGUGGUAAAAAAACAAAUGCUCAAGACAAGUCUUCAAGAAUGGCUAAGAAAAACAAAAUCAUGCCAAGUGAGGAAGUAUUAGAGAUGGAACGAAAAGUUCCUCUUGAAUGUGCUAAUGGUGCAGUGACAGGAACUCUGCGCGAGUUCAACCAAGUAUUAGCGGAAGGGCAGGAUGAAAAAGACGCCCCAUGCAAAGAGAUUUCACCCCCGCCAUCGCCCACGAUUCACAUUAUCCAGAGCGAAUCGAAGACUGAUAAAUUAUUCAAGAAAAAGAGAAAGAAGAAGAAGCGAUGUACAACUUUGCCAUCAACGAUCCCUGAACAGGAGAAAGUGUCAUCGCCUGUUUCAAGCGAUCCCGUGCCACCAAUAUCUAUUGGGGAUUCAUGCACGCCACGGGUGGCGACUGGGUAUACACCGAGGGGAACACUUCCUAUACUGCAACACAAAAAAAUACCGAAUCUACAAAGGUACCAGUUAGCGGCUACUGGCAUGAGCGUUAAAACACAUAGCAGCGCGUUACGUAACGGGAAACUUCCAUCAAUAAAAUCGAAAAAUGGAAAUGAUUCGGAUUCAGCAGAAUCGCUGCAGGAGAUACCUGUUACUGAAACUCAUAUUGGAAGUUACGGGUAUAGUCCGUUCCCGAGUCCAAAUCCCUCUUUAGAUCGUAGCAGCCUUGCUUCGAGCACGUGUAAUUUGUAUCAUCCGGACCGGUUUAACCCAGCUGUAAAUUACGGCAUUGGAUACACCAAUUCCGUUGAUGCGAGUCAGUCGACUAUCUUUACCGAUCGUUCAGUUCAAAUGAGCGCCCUGCGAGCCGACGCCAUGACGCCUAACACACAGAGACGUUUCUACGAUGUGCCGUCGUUGGACUUGACGGGCUUGCGGGGUUGUAAAGACUCUACGCUAGACAAAUCACAGAAUGGUGCUAUAAAACAUUGACAAAUAUUUAUCUUAAUUUAUUCUUCCAUUACUUUUAGUGUUUGUUUGAUCGUACCCACCCUGUCCUUCGAUAUGUGUGAUCAUCUGUUUUUAGCUUAUAUUUAUUUGUCGAAACUUCUUCACUGCGCUGUAUGUUCGUUUCAAUAUCAGUAUUUCGAGGUGGAAUAUUUUCUGCUGGGAUUAUCACAAGAAGAUGACUUUCAUUUGUGUGGCAUGAUUGACGUGCCGCAAACAGAGUUAUUACAUGAUUCACUUGUGCAUUGAGUGAUAAGACAAUGCUUUGACAAUCUGUUGGUCAAGAUUGGAGAAUUGUCGCAUUUCUUAAUGACUACGAGGGGGAACAUGAAAGAAUGUUGUGUAUUUUGUUAGGUGUAGAAAAAAGCUUUCAGCCAUCUGGUGCGGUUUUUAAUCUGUCUCAGUUCCAUUAGCAAGUUCUCUUUAAACAUGCCAAGUCAAGAUCAAAUAUAAAAUACUGUAAAAAUUGAGAAAUAUUCAGGGCUAUUUUGGUUGGCAGUUUCAUGGUUUCAAUAAAGUGUUUUUGAGAACUCUGUAACAGUAAUUUCAAUCAAUUCUGUUUAAUGCAGCGUUUUUGUUUUCGCUCAUUUUGCUGGCCUGGGGUCACGAAAUUAGAAUGCAUACGAAAAUUUCCCUGUUUAAAAUACUGAUUGUUCGUAUAUUGUGGAUCUUGCAAUGAUGAGUGGCCACAGUGGGAAAGUGAUUGGGCCAAGUUCGUUGUGAACUGUGAAGUUCAGUAAGAUUGGCCCGAAAUGUUGAAUCAAACAAACCUGUAGCUCGGCAAGACCAGGCAUGAUUUGACUUAUAAACUUCCCUCCCAAAUUGCUUAAUGCAAGAUCCAAGUACUUUUCAUUCUGUGCAAUAUCAAAGAGAUUGACUGUGUUUAGUUGGAUUAUGAUUUCAGUUUAGGUAUGACAUUAUCAGCUUGUUAUGUAAAUGUUCUGUGAUAUGUAGUUGAUACAUUUUGAUACAAGUAUGCUUUGAAUCAAAUUCUGUGAAACUUUUUUUUGCGUUGAGGAUUUAAAGAUACACGGACAGACAGUCAGUCUGUUUUCGGUGGUGAUGUCGGCUGGCCUAGAGAGUUCUGCCAUAGAGCCCCAGAGCUUUGUGGUCAGGGUGGAAUCCUUUGGCCAGUAUUCCUCUCUAUUCUUGAUUAAGGAGGGUAAAGGGGAAUUCUUCCUUUGCGUAAAGAUUGUUGGAACUAUCCUAUCUUCAGGUCGUGCGCCAUGACAGAAUCGGCUGGGUACUGCAGGUCCUUGGUGUUCAAGAGGACGGAUAACACAGUACCAGUAUCAGAUACGCUACCGUCCAAAAAUACGUAGUUGGUCACUCACACCGGCCACUUGAUAUCUGUGAUUAUUUCUUUAUGAAUAGUUUUCUAGUCUUUAUCAAACUCCACUUGAUUGCCAUAGCAAUGUACAUAAGCAAUUUAUGCACAUUUCCCUUAUAUUGAUUGUAAAAUACACAGAGAUUAUCUGAUAAUGUUUCUGGGCCCAAAAUGUUGGGCUUUAUUGCUCGUUAUGUGAAGUUUUCACAUUGAUCAUAUGUGACCCACCACGACAAAAUGUGUCGCAUGUCGCACAGAAGAUGAGCCUAAAAUGACACCAGGACAUAGUAGAAGAAAUUGAUAUGCUCGAAUUUUACAAAAGGCAGACAAUGGUGAAAUGAACAACCAGUCUGUCUCAACCUGUCAAGCUCAGAGCGACAUGCGACCUGUUUUGUCAUGGCGGGUCACAUAUGUCUUGUGAAUCCCAACAUUUACAUGUACAUAUACUGUAUUCCUAGUGUCUUUUGAGUCUGUGACAAACAGUCAUGAGGUCCGUGGCAUUGAAUGUUGGGGUCCAGCGUUGGGGGGCACAAAUAGAAGCAGAAGGGUAAAAAUUAAUAGCUAUGUGAUAUCAGUUGCAUUCCAUGACAACGGUUAUCAUCCAUCCAUGUUGCAACUUUCUUCAUUCCAAUAUCUGUUAGUCGGAGAGAUUGUUAAGUUCUAAGUCCACUUGUUAUUGUUUUGUCCAUUUCAUUUAGGGCUCUGGGGCACAAACUACUGGUUUGAUUUCUUCGAAGUGUGGUUUUUAUCGAUCUGAGCUUCGAAAAAGAGAAAACGGAUACAGAAUUUUCAGUAUGAAAGUUAAAAUAUUCCCAAAAUCCUACCAGUAGUUUGCACUCCAGAGCCCUAACAAUGAAGCCAACACAUUUAGUGGACUGUAUUUGGUGUUCUUGGCUCAUAGCAGUAUGUGGCCUUUUGCAAUUAAACUCUUGUGAUCAGAUAUUAUUGCGAUAUUCAUGCCCGGGUGAGAAUGUCUCGGGAUGUGACAUCUUUCAGGGUCAAAUCUUGAACCACGAAUGUACAGGCCAGUAGCUUGGAUAAUGAAUGAUAUGAAGCACUUUAAGCGAUUAAACCCCAUUGCAUUGAGCGCUCUUGAAGUCUCAUCAUUGUUAUUUCAGGAUUGAGGAAAUAAAUAUUUUUUUACUGAACAGCUGUAUGAAUACGUGUUGCUCAGCUGUUAAGGUAUGGCGGAGCAAUUGUGAUGUUGAAUACAAUAAAAUUGGUCGUUUUAAUAAA